AUGUCACUCAUAUGUGCCAUAUCAGGUGAAUUAGUUAAAAAUCCAAUUGUUUCACCCAAAUCAGGGGCUAUAUUUGAAAAGAAAUACAUUGAGAAGUAUGUUCAAACUACUGGAACUGACCCAAUAAAUAAUGAAGCAUUGAGUAAAGAAGAAUUAAUAUCAUUGAAUUUGCAAGCAUCUACGACAACAGCAGCCCCAUCUACGACAAUAGCAGCCCCACCCUCAACUUCAGUCACAUCGAUUCCAAACCUUUUAUCAACUUUACAAAACGAGUAUGAUUCAAUGGUUUUAGAAAUUUUCACAUUACGAAAAAAUCUACAACAUUUGAAAUUAGAAUUAAGCUCAAGUUUAUAUAAAGCAGAUGCUGCUGUAAUCGUUGCGGCAAAAGCAUUGAGAGAGAGAAAUGAGGCUAGAGAAGCAUUGGAGAAAUUGAUUGCCUCAAUCGAAGUAAAUAAUAAGGAAGAAGUAGAGGACAAAAUUGAGCUGAGAAUAGAGGAGAGAAAAGAGCAGAAAGAAAUGGAAGUCAAAGAGGACGAACCUGUCGAGAAUGGAAGACCAGCAUCUAUUCAAGAUAUUGUCAUAGCAAGAGAUUCAUUAUUCAAACUACAUAAAUCGCAGAAGCCCAAAUUUCCAUAUGACAAAACGAAAAAACUCAAAUUGAAAUCAAUGGAUGUUGACAAGCAAUUAUUCAAGAACAAGAAUCUCUUUGUCACGUACAACAGCCAUGAAAAACAGUUUAUUACAAAUACUCCAAAAAGAGUUAAAGUAUAUGACUCAAUAACGGAAAAAUUGCGAGAGUGGGACCCCCAAUUAUCAACUAUUAAUUCUGUAACAAUCAACAACAAUGGCUUACUACUAGCAGCAUCAAAAUUAAAAAUUAAAUUUUCAAAUAACGAUACAUUAACUUUAAAAAGUCAUAUACAACUAAUCGUUUGUCAUCCAUCAUUAAAUUUAUUCGUAGUGAUUGAUAAUAAUCAUAUACAUGUGACAAAUACGAAGGAGAUUUUGAGCACCUAUAGUUAUCCCAAUGUGAGAAGGGCUGAGAUACAUGUGGAUGGAGAACUAUUAGCAGUGAUAAUCGAACAAGAGAUCAAAAUAAUUAAUUUAGUAACCGGGGAAGAAUUAGCUCAAUUCAAACCGACAUUCAAAUAUGUCUCUUAUAUAAAAUUUGCACCAAAUGGAUAUUGGUUUCUAAUAUUGUCGACUAACAAUAUAGAUUACAGUAAUCUACAAAUAAUUGACCUUAGGAGAAAUGAGGAAGUGAAUUCCAUAAAACUCAAACCACAUUGCACUGAUUUAAAGAUUGACAUAACUUCGAAUAUGAUAGUUUUGGCCCAAGGUGCAUCUCAUAUUUAUUCAUUAUAUGACAAAAAGUUGAAAAAAUGGAGUUCUCCUACUACUUUAGCAGGAAGUCAUGACUUUGACAAACUAUAUAAUUUCUCAAGAUAUGAUGACUUGAUGAAAGACGGGUUUUUGAAAUUUGCGUCUUUGUCUGAUAACAAUACUCUAACAGUAUAUGAAUUAGAAUGA